AGAUUCAAUUCCGCCGAUCGCACAGCCAUCGCACAUCGCAUAUAAGCAACGUGCGGCUCACCCCGCUCUCGCCUUCUUCUUCUGUCUCCUCGGUUUUGUUUCACUUCACCACUUUGCCCGUCCUCUGCUUCUUCUCUUCUUUCCUCCUCCUCAGUUUCGUAAACAUGCGUGCUCUUAGAUCCGUCGCAGUGCUCUUUGUCUUCAUCUUCCUCGCCAUCCUCCUGCUCUCCUACAACUCCAUCUCCCGCAGCUCCUUCUCCACAAAGUCCUCCGUUUCAGAAUUCCCCUUCCACGCGUCCCUCGCAUCCCCCGUCGCCUGCCACGACCCCUACCGCGCGCCCGGAUACUUCCACAUCGACCACAACAACGUCCGUCUCUCGCAAUGGAUCCCGUUCACUGACGACACCGGCGCACUCGACGUGCCCGUGCCCGAGUCCGCGCACUAUCCGACCGAUACGAUCCCCGUCUUCACAGCCGACCCUCCUCCACAGGAGUUCAUCGCCGCCGGCCCACACAACUGGCUUAUCGAGACCACAAACUACAAGAAUCUUCUUGAGGCUAUCGAGCGCGCUAAAGGCGAUGGCAGCGAUCACAAGCCACUCAAGCUCACUGAUGUCCAGCAGCGACUCAUCGGACGCAUGAACUGGCUCCACAACAGGCGCGUGCUCGCGCUCGGCGACUCUGUCGAUAGAAUCAUGAUUGAGGAGUUUUGCAACGUACUCGGGCACACUGCGAAACGCACCGAGGGCAAGUACGGCGGCCAACACACCACCUACAGAUGCACGAUCCCGGUCCUCAACUUUACAAUCUACCACUGGCAAGUCGCGUCCAUGUACCCCAUGCGACCGCCCUGGUUCUGGCUCGACCACAUCAAAGAACUUGCGUUUGAGGACCGCUUCAAGUCAAUCUACGAGCCCGUACGCGCGGAAGUGAUUGGCAUGAACGGCAAAACCCCCGAUCUCAUUCUUUUCCAGUCCGGACUCUGGGACGAGCGCGCGUUCCGCGAAUCCACUCGCAACAUGCCCCACCCCGGCGACGAAAACCUUUCGCCUGAACAACUCGCAGAAGCUCAAAAGCAGCGAGCAGAGACCGGUCUCGGGCGCGCCGGCCGCCAGCUGUCGUGGGACGAGCUCAUGUUCUUCAAAGCCAGGAUGAACAAGUUCAUGGACUACAUCCGCGAUUACUUUGGCGGAGAUCCGAACCUGCCAAUGAUGUACCGCGGACUCACUACCAGACGCCAAUCUACAAACUCAGAUCUUGCGACUAUCAACAUGGACCGUCUGUCGCGCGCGCUGGCAGCGAGAAAGGGUAUCGAGAUAUUCGAGUGGGCGCGUCUGACACUCGCUUUCUCGAACGAGUACUCAGACUAUCUCCAUAUCGGCAAAGGGCCGUUGAACAUUCUCUGGGCAAACAUGAUGUUCUACUACCUCUUCCGUGCUUCUGGAGGUGCAGAGUUCAACGGCACGUUCUUCAGCAUGCCUGAUCCAGUUGCGCAGUAUGUUAUCGAAGGUCAGGGCGCGAUCGGGGCGCCUGAGAUUGUGGUUCCGAGUUCUCCGGAUACUGAGGUGAAUUCACAUUGGGCGAGCUGCCACAGAUAUAACGUACACUGGGGCGGACGAUAGAUAACGAUAGAUGAGAGCUGGCUAUAUAGUUUGAGUACAUGUACGAGCGAUAUCUUUUGUACAUACAUUUUCCUUUUCCCGGCUGGUAGACUAUUUUAUGAAUGACGUAUAAAUACCAAUAUAAAGAAUAAAAGAAUGCAGAUAGAAAUCAGUAGUGUUAUUGCGCUUGAAUUCAUGAGUGAUGGUGGAUGUGACUUUGCAUAUAUCGUGCGGCUUAUGCCCAGAUUAGGAGCAUUGUC